GGGGGGGCGUACUCUUAUGUUUUGCAUGCCUUAGCGGUUAGACCAUUGACCACGCGUCCUCGAGAGGACGGAGCAUUGUUCCCACAGGACCGAUCACCGAUGGCCAAUCGUUCCUUCCUACUUUGCCAAAGACCUCUUGCAAGGACACGGCCCCACAUCCACUCGUUUAGUCCAGUGCGUACAGACGGGGGGUUUUCCCGCUCGUCCGUGCCCAGCGGACGGAACCUUCAGCCAGAUUUUGGGCAAAAGUGCACAUUUUUGAGGCACUACUUCUGCCGAACUGCGUGCGCGAUUGAACUUCUUCCUUCUGUGCUGUCGGCUCUGACUCGCAAGGCAGCGCACUAUAAGCUCCGAUUCUCGCGUGUCGCAGCUACUCCACCGAGAGGAAAGGAAACGGAGCAAAAAGUGUCAAAAUCGGAGGUUUUCUGCUCUUUUGCGGCGCCCUCUUUAUCCAAAUGA